GGGUAAUCUCUGACCCGGAAGUUUCUAAUCUCUCUUUCUUUCCUAAAGUAACAAACUUUAAAUUUUCUGCAAAUCGAACAACGAAUCAGCCUGAGAAGCUUCUUCAAUCCUGUGUAUCGAUCUCUCAUUUCUCCGAUUCGUUUCUAGCUUCCAUUGCUUUUCCUUUGAACCAAUCAUCAUCUCCAGGUGAUCGGCUUUUUUAAAGUUAGGGUUUUUGAUUGUGUUCUAAUCCGAUCUCUCGGUUCCGUUAAGAUUGGUGAUGAAUUUCGAAGCGUGAUAUGAAAAGAUCUGGGUAUUCUCCUAAAGACUUGAUGCCAGAACUUGCGUUGCGUGGGUUCCGAGAUCAUUGUUGAUGGAAGGAGAAUCAGAGAGAAGUUUGUCAGAAAAUUUGAGAAGAAGCGAUCGAGAAGAUGUGAAGAUUAUAGAGUGGGAAGAAUUUGACCAUGAGCUCACGAGGUUAUGGAGUCUUUCUUCUGCUCUGAAAUUAGCAACAGAAAAGAAGCAAAUCCUGCAGCCCAAACUUGAGUCUCUUAUUCAGGUUAGUACUGAAUCAUUGAGACGCACUAAUGAACUUGAAGAAAUGCGUCAGAGGCUGGAAGCAAGAAAAUUGCUGGUGGACAAGACAUCAAUUGCUUGCAAAGUUACUGAGCAGGAUGUUAAAAAGAAAGAGGAUAAUCUUAGUACAGAAGUGAGAUCUUUGCUAGUAGGCGGAACAACUCUUUCCAUUGCUAAAAGCAAAUUGCAGGAAUCCAACUGCCAACUAGAAGGAGAGAGUGGUUAUGCACAUUUAAAGAUUGUAACGAAUAAGCUGAGAAAGAGGCAGCAGUUCAUGAUAUCUCAAGUUUCAUUUAUCUAUCCCUUGAAGAUUGAGGCUGGACCUUCACAAGACCAAGAACUGGAAUCAUUUCCUGGUGGCAGUAGAUUAGGGACUAAGCCUCUGAGUCAAGGAUCCGUGAGAAUUCUGGGGUUGCCUUUUAGUAUGGCCCCGUUUACCAGGAUGAGCUUCUUCACUGACAAGAAAGAAGUUCAGAAGUCCGCAACCGCCCUGGGAUAUGUAGCCCAUGCUGUGUCCCUAAUAGCUCCUUACUUGAGAGUGCCUAUUCGUUAUCCUUUGCGCCUAGGUGGUUCCAAAACAUACAUUCGAGACUAUGCACCUUACAUUGAGCCUUCACCAUCAGACAUGUCUCCGAUUACCACGCUUUCCCAAAAUUCUAACUUUGUAGAGUUUCCUCUGUUUCUGGAUGGUCAAGAUACAACACGAGCUGCCUAUGCUGUCUUCUUAUUAAACAAGAACAUCGAGCAACUCCUGAACUUUGUUGGGGAAAAUAGUCUAGGACCACGUCAGAGGUCUCGAUCUCCUGAAACACCCCAUCAGAAAAUCACUCUCAAGGUCAAGAACCAACAGGGAGCAGAGGAUCUGUACAAAAUAGGAGCUCAUGCACAUCUAAAGAAACUAAUGAGUGCUUACUGUAUGAAGAGAAACUUAGAGUACGGUUCUGUCCGAUUCGUCUACAACGGUAGAGAGAUCAAAGCACGACAGACUCCUGCUCAGCUGAAGAUGGAAGAAGAAGAUGAGAUCUGUUCGGUCAUGGAACUUGGCGGUGGCGUUUAUUAUCUUCUUCGCUGCAACACACAUUUAUGUAAAAAUCUAAAAAUGGUGGUAAAAUGUACAAUGUCGAUGUCCUUUUUCGUCAUUUUCGCUUCUACUGUUACUGUCAUCGUUCAUGGUUUCCCAUCGACGCUCGACUGUCCGCUUAACCCCGUGACUGCUCCACUCGACCCGAAUCUUAACCCGAUUGCAUUCGACUUGCCAGAAUCCGACCCGAGUUUCGUAAAACCCAAUCCGGAGUUUCUUCCCCAACAGAUCUCUGUCUCUCUCUCUUACAGCUUUGACUCCGUCUGGAUUUCUUGGGUCACAGGGGAGUACCAAAUUGGUGAAGAAGAUUCUGCACCUCUGGAUCCUAAUUGUGUGCAAAGCGUAGUCCAAUACCGUGAAUUCGAUGUCCGUAGUACUAUAAAUAAAAAUGCAACAGGCCAUUCUAUUGUUUAUACCCAACAGUAUCCUUCUGAGUAUCCUUCUGAGAAUGGUCUCAAGAACUAUACUUCAGGCAUCAUCCACCAUGUUCAACUCACAGGUCUUAAACCAAACACAUUGUAUCGAUACCGAUGUGGAGACCUGUCUUUAUCAGCAAUGAGCAAAGAGUAUUACUUUAGGACAAUGCCUAAGUCUACAUCAGAGAAUUACCCGCACAGAAUCGUUGUGGCAGGAGAUUUAGGUCUUACUUACAACACAUCAAUAGUUUUGACAAAGAUUCUGUCUAACCAUCCUGAUCUUGUGGUUUUAAUUGGAGGAUUCAGCUACGCGGAUACUUAUCUCGCGAAUAACACUAAACUAGAUUGUAGUUCUUGUCAUUGUGACCAAAAUGGAACCAGUUCUGAUUGUGGUUCUUGUUAUUUAAGUCGAGAAACUUAUCAGCCUCGCUGGGAUUAUUGGGGAAGGUUCAUGGAGCCACUCACGGCUAAUGUUCCAACCAUGAUGGUAGCAGGAGAGCACGAGAUUGAGUCGCAGACCGAUAAUAAUCUGACAUUCGCUGCAUACAGUUCAAGAUUCGCAUUCCCUUCAAACGAAAGUGGUUCUUUCUCACCAUUAUACUAUUCCUUCAACGCGGGAGGAGCUCAUUUCAUAGUCCUCAAUUCAUACACACCUUAUGAUAACUCAUCUGAUCAGUAUAUUUGGCUUGAAAGUGACCUGAGUAUCAUAAACAGAUCAGAAACUCCAUGGGUGGUUGCAACUUGGAGUCUUCCUUGGUACAGCACAUUCCAAGGGCAUUACAAAGAAGCUGAAUCCAUGAGGAUAAAUCUUGAAGACUUGCUCUAUAGCUACCGAGUCGAUAUCAUCUUCAAUAGUCAGGUUGAUGCAUAUGAGAGAUCAAACAGAGUCUACAACUACACGUUAGACCAAUGUGGCCCGGUUUAUAUAACAACCGGUGCAGGAGGAGCUGGGAAGCUGGAGACUCAGCAUGUAGAUGACCCAGGAAACUGUCCCGAUCCUUCUCAGAACUACUCGUGCAGAUCCAGUGGCUUUAACUUCACGUUGGAGCCUGUAAACAAUGAGACUUGUCCGGUUAAGCAGCCGGAGUAUAGCGCAUACAGAGAGAGCAGCUUCGGUUUCGGUAUGCUAGAAGUAAGUUAGAUUCUCUAUCUAUUCUUUAUCGCUUUAUGUUCAAGUUACCUACUAAGAUUAGUUCCUUGGGACAUAAGCAUGUUUCUAUUGACUGCAAAUCACAUGAAAUCAUAAAUCAAACUCAGAACCGGUUCCGUUGUUUUCUCAGAUUGUACCAAUAUAAACCAGAUGCUUAUUG